UUCCAAUUAGCCUUCUCUUCAAAUACAAAAAAAAAGUAGAGGAAGAAAUGGCAACGAGAGAAACAACUUUAACAGUUGAAGGGAUUGUCCCUUUCUUUCCAAGUAUUAUGGCUAUACAACCAUUUGAUGGAGGAGGGGAAUUUAAUUCAAGUCAUUGUAUUUGUUCUGAUUUACAACACGAAGAUUAUUCACCUUUAUAUGCUUGGUUUAAUUAUAUUGUUAUUAUUGUUAUGUUACCUUCCCUUUCUGUAUUUGGUGUAUUAACUAAUUUUGUUAAUAUUUUUGUUUUUACCCGUCCUUGUAUGAAAAAUUCAUCAAAUACUUAUUUACUUUUCUUGGCCUUCUCAGACUUUUCUGUUGUUUUGACUGGAUUAUUUAUUUUUUGGAUAGACUCUGCACGUUCUUAUAUUCCCCAAUUAGUACAAGCACCCUACACUACAGUAUAUACUUUACCUUUUGGAUAUAUGGCACAAUCCUGCUCUAUUUAUUUUACUGUAGCAGCUGCUUUUGAUUGUUAUAUUUGUGUUUGUUGGCGCAAACACUCCCCCUUUCACUGCACAAUUAAAAAAGCCAAAAAUAUAAUUUAUUUAACAAUUAUUUGCUCUAUAAUUUACAAUUCUUUACGUUUUCCACAAUUUAAUUUGAGAAAAUGUAUUCACGAUGGAAGUGGGGAUAUGAUUAUUGAAAUAUGCCCAACAUAUUUAUUUUAUCAUAUAAACACUAUUUAUAAUGUUUAUUUAUAUAUGUUUGCAAUGACUUUAUUUCCUUUUUUUAUUUUGUUACUUUUAAAUACUUUAAUUAUUAUUCGAAAAUCUGUUGAUGCAAAACAUUCAAGACAAUUAAAGAAAAGUAUUUCCAUUUCUUCUUCCUCUUCCCCAACAAUUCAACAACAAAAUAAUUCAAUAAAUUCACCAAUUAUUUAUCAUAAAAAUGGAAAUUUAAAAUUUUCUCCAUUAAAAAGUGCCCCUUCUAUUGAAUCUACGGGAACUAUAAAUCCAAGUUCUGAUGAAACAAUUACUAUGGUUAUGGUUGUUGUUUUAUUUUUGUGUUGCAAUACUCUUUCACUUAUUGUUAAUUUAAUUGAAACUUUUUUUGAACCAGAUCCUCUUUUAUUAAAUUUAUUAUCAGAUGCUAGUAAUUUUUUGGUUGUUUUUAAUUCUUCUGUUAAUUGUGUUAUUUAUUUAAUUUUUAAUAAAGAAUAUAGAGAAGUUUUUAUAAAAUAUUUUGCAAAAUGUUUUUCUUGUUUUGGUUAUUAUAUUGAUAAAAAUAAUAAUGGAAUAAAAAAUGGAAAUAUUAAUUUAUUAAAUCAAAAUAAUUCAAAAUUUGUAAAUGAUGGAAAUCAUUUAAUAACGACAACUUCAACAAAUAUAUCAGAAUCAGUUUCCCCUGUUUGGCUUCAAUGUCCGUGUAUUUCCCAAUUUAAAAGUCAACACAAUUUUUGUCAUUCUUGUCCAUAUAGAAAAAAUAAAAAUUUAAAAAAAUUAAAUUCAAUUAAAUGGAAAGCUGGAAAUUUGUAUGUAGAAAUUGAAAAUGAAACAAAAAAUAUUUUGGAGGAUAAAGAAGGAAAUGAAUUUAUUUGUAAUGGAGGAAUUAAAAAAGGAAAACAUCCAAUUAUUCGAAGUCCAUUACCUUGUUUAAUCACAGCACAAUCAUUAAAUAAUGGAAAAUGUAAAACAUUAAAAAUUGUUGAGAAAGACGAAGACAAUUUAUUAAUAAAUACCCCUUCACAUUUAACAUUUAUUCAAUCUUUAAAUAAAAAGCCGGAAAUUGAAUCAACAUUUUAUAGAAAAAAUAAUGGAAGAAAAAAUGAAUUUAUUAAAUUAUUAGCAGAAGUUGAUGGAAGAAAUUGUAGUAGUAUAUUGCCUGUUACUGAAUUAUAA